AUGUCGGCGCCACCCUUUCCAGUGCCUGCAGGCAUGCGAUGGGAUGCACAGCUCAAGAGGUUCUUUGCGCUGCCGCCUUCGCAAUCAAAAGUAAAGACUAAACGUGCUGAUGAUAAGGAGAAAGCAAAGGAAAGCGCAGGAAAGCGCAAGCUCGUCAUUCGUGCAGACCCUCCGGCAUUUGAGACGCCGGCAGACGCCAUGUCGGAUGGGACACCUGCUCCGCGAAGUCAGGCAUUUCAGGGAUUGGCGAUGCGGAGUCGAAAUUCUAUGCCAAGCUUGACUCAAAGCUCUCGAACACGAAGACUUGCGCAACUUCAUCUGCAGGUGCGCGAGGCCAGAGGUAUCAGGAAAGGAGAUGCAAUCCGCUGCUUGUGGAUCAGCAUGCAGGAUGAAACGACCCCACCUCUUGUAGACAGCAGUCUUCGAAUUCAAACCAGUCCUGAAGCUCCGCAAAUGCUACUGUGCACGAUGUCUCGUCUUGUAGUGUUCGGAGAUAUAGAACAUGCAGGCAAACGAGAGGGCCCUGCAUUCAAUGCUGACCGACGGAUCGAAGGCGGACAAUCCUUGGAACUCGGCUGGCUUCACUCUCCCUUUGACAGAGCUCCGUACACCAAAGAUCUUGACUUCAUGUGCGUGCCUUACGCGGGACGUGGUGGCACGGUAGCAAUGGCUUUUCAUCAACGAAGCCGCCAAGAUUGGCGCCGCCAUUGGCCACAAGAUGCAAAAUCACCUGAGAUACCGCGUGCUGCCUUCGUCCUAACAAGCGACAGGAGGAGUAUGUAUGCAGCGAGAGUGCGAGACGGACGCGCAGAGGUGCUGUUUGUCGCCGAUACAUGGCAACAGCUUGACUUGCCGCCCGGACACAAGCUCAAGUUUCACUCCGACAUCCUUCGCCUCGCCUUCAUGCCUGAUCGCGCGUUGAUCCUGGGCUUGCGCUCUGGCCUAUUGAACAUCUUGAGUCUGGAAAAUUUGGAGCGAGGCAAUAUCAAAGUUCGCCCUGGACCUAGUCUCGAGGGCGCAAUUGCCUCCAUUGAUGAUGACGGGCACGGUGGACUCAUCGUGAGCACGACCCGGGGUAGCCUCUUAAGGCUCGACAGGGACGUCAAUAUCGCCAUGCAGUAUUGCGGGCAUGUUUCGACGGCUUCCAUGACGUUAUGUGUGGUUGUUAAUCCCGUCCAAAGACUGAUCGCAGCCGAAGGGGAGGAUCACGUCGUCCGAAUUUGGCGCUUUGAAUCUCCCAACGUCAUCUGGUCUAGCGAUCGCUCACCGGCAUUCCCUACCAUCUAUCCAAGCGCAGACUUUCCCGAUGCUGCGACGCACCGGAAAGACGAACCCAAUUUCGUGUUUACGGAACCGCUCAGCAUUGCAUGGCGGUAUGAUCGCUUUGGGCUUUUCAUCUCACACAAGGACACGGUGUACUUCUUCGAGUGA